AAAAGGAACGGAGAUCAGAGAUCCUAAACACAGAUCGUCUUCAACAAAUAAUGAGAAAGAUUGUCGUUCUUCUUUCUGCCCUGGCACUAGUCAGGGCACAAAUUCCAAACAUGGGCUGGUGUCCAGAAUAUAUACCGAUGACAAAUUUUGACAUGUCAAAGUUCUUGGGGAUCUGGUAUGAAGCAGAAAGGUAUUUUCAAUUAUAUCAACUUGGUUCCCGUUGUGUAAGGACAAACUAUACAAUAGGGCCUGAUGGAAAAUAUCAUGUUAGCAACGAAAUCACUAAUUUUGCAACUGGAAUAAAAAGAGUUUGGGACGGUGAAAUUAAACCACCAACAAAUAAGGUUGAGGAAGGAAAAUUGCAUGUGAAGUACGUUGGAUUGCCAUUAUCACCUGAAUAUAAGUAUUCGGUUUUAGAUACUGAUUAUGAUAGUUACGCUGUUUUAUGGAAUUGUUAUAACUUUGGGCUUAUAAAUGGUCAAAGUGCAUGGAUUAUGACUCGAGAGCCAUUUGCAUCAGGAGAAAUUCUUCAAAAGGCGUAUGCUAUUCUUGACAAAUAUAAAAUCUCCAAAUCAUUUUUCGUGAAGACAAGACAGGAUGAUUGUAAUUAUAUUGCAAACCCUGCUGUUAAACCCAUACAACAAGAACAACCUUCUAAGGAUGAUGUUCAAGAUACAGAGAAAGAACCUGUGAAUGAUAGUUCAUCUGCUAACACGAGAAACAUUGAAAAAGUUGAAACUGACACUACUAAACAUGAAGAUUCGUCUAAACAACCUAUUGAAAUUAAAAAAUCUGAAAGUGUAGAAGAAAAAGUUGAACCUGCACCAAUCACAAAAUGAAUCACUGAUUAACAAAUAAUUGCCCAAAGACAUACUUAAGAAUCAUGAAAAUAUCUCUAAGGCUGAAAUUUUUUUCUUUCAUUGCGGAAAGAAAAAUUGCUUUACAAUUCAUCUAUCAAUUGAUAAAUAAUGGUUCAUCUCUAAAUUACUUUUACAAGUUAAUAUUUAUUUAUACGCUAUAAGAUUAUUUUCUAGGAAACACUAUAAAUAAUGUGCAGAAGAUGUAAGCAGUAAAAAAGUUAAUAAAGAUAUUACAUAAAUCUUAA